AUGCAUCGGGAAUCCUUGGUAUCACGUCGUAUCGGUCGUCGUUUAAGGACGAAGGGUCGUCUCUGGGAUCGCUCGACCACGAAGGGAUCUAAUCGCGAUGAAGACGAUUCUUUUCAUCUUGGCGCUUGUAGCAGGUGCUCUCGCAGCGCCACAAAAUCCAAAUGAGGUCACAAUCGUAAAGCAGGAAGAGGUGAACAACAUAGGGGUGGGCGGAUAUCACUUCAGCUAUGAACAGAGCGAUGGUCAAAAAAGGGAGGAAACAGCCGAAUUGAAAAACGAAGGCACCGAGAACGAAGCACUUAGCGUUACCGGCAGCUUCAGUUUUAUUGCGCCGGACGGGCACACGUAUAGGGUCGAUUAUACCGCGGAUGAGAACGGAUUUCAUCCUACUAUCAAUCUCGUUGCGAAAUAACCGGACUCGAGGACUGAAAUUAUAUUACAAUACAUAGGACUCUCCGGUCGUCGACGUAUACUCGUGUAAUUACACGCGUAUUAAAAUAUUGUAAUAUAUAUAUUUUGUGCGAGACACGUGAUUCACCAAUGCAAAUCAAUGCAAAUGUAAAAAAAUUGCUGUCAAUGGCUGGCUGAAAAAUGAUCCAUUUUUUGCACGAUCGAUCUUUUCCGACCGAUUCAUUCUCGCCAAAUUGAUCGCAAUACUUUGCAUAAAGGGCACUGUGACAUGCAUGCAUACGAUCAUUGUUUAAAACCAAUAACAAUUGUACAAUUUUGUGAUUAGGCUGAAGUCGUUAGAUUUCAACAAUCACCUUUGCUUUAAAUAUAAAAAUAAUUCUUCGGACAAUGCCACAUACAUUUGCGUGAAUAAAUUCUUAAAAAUUAACAAAAUUAUUUCGCUAUAUUUAUUUCUUCGAUAUAUUCGCGGAAAGUGCAUCCGCACGUAUUACGAAAUACGAGCUGUACGUUUGCAUGCAUUCACCUGCCUCAAAAGUGAAACGCGUGCUUACUCGCAGCAGGUAAUAUCCACUAUUUAGUUUCUCAAAAUCAUCAAACACUUUGAACGAGAGACGUCAGAUUUUUUCGUUUGUAACUCCAUCUUGGCGAGGCGACGGUGUUAGCUCUCAUUGAGGCGCCGCGGUAUCUGCGUUUUUGACGAGCGCUUUUUUUUACACACACAUCUAUAUGUAUCUAACAGAACGCAAAUCGUACAAAUAAACUUGUAUACAAACUGAAAAA